GCCUCUUCGGAAGCGCCACCUCCCCGCCACGUCGGUCGGCGCGCCGGAGCGGCGCCGGGCCAUGGCGUUCACGCUGUACUCGCUGCUCCAGGCCGCGCUGCUCUUCGUCAACGCCGUGGCCGUGCUGCAUGAGGAGCGCUUCCUGCGGCAUGUUGGCUGGGGAAGCGAUCAAGGGAUUGGAGGAUUUGGAGAGGAACCAGGAAUUAAAGCUCAGCUAACGAACCUCAUUCGAUCCAUACGAACCGUAAUGAGAGUGCCACUAAUAGCAGUGAACUCCAUUACAAUCAUUCUCCUCCUGUUGUUUGGUUGAAGAUACCCGGGCAAUAUCUUUUGGACGGCCAAAGAAGCAAGUUACGAACCAUCACCACUGAGUUUUUGGGGAUCCGGCAUGGUUUAGCUGUCAAUCUGACAUUCAACUUAACAUAAUAAAGACACUAUUUCUAUUUAUCCUAUUUCCUAAUUGCAGUUUCAUUACAUGAGAUACGGGGAUCAAUGCAACAACGCUGCAAAUAUAUUGGACUACAAGAAGUUCUGUUGCUGCCUGUUCAUAGCGCUGACUGUUGCAGUGUGCGUCGUCGGGUGCUGCCGCGGUUGUCGAUCGGAUGCGGUUUUUAAAUGUCUCAUUCCUCAGGGAUGAAUUUCCUCCAUUAUGCUUCACAAUUUGUUGUUAAAUUCAGAAAACCAGUGGGUUUUAUUCCAGUUGCUACCGCAGAACUGUUCAAGAGAAUGCGAAUUAGGCUCUGAAAACAUUAUAAAUUAUUGAGGUCCAGCUGCGAUACUGAGAGAUCAGAUGUUAUAACUUCUGAAUUCCGGUUUUAUCCCCCUCAAUAUCACACCAUGUUAUAAAUUAUUGAAGUCCAGUUGUGGUACUGAGAGAUCAAACAUUACAAAUUAUUAAAGUCCAGUUGUGACACUGAGAGGAGUUAAAGCAUGUCAUAAAUUACUGAGUUCCAAUUGAGAUACUGAGAUCAAACAUGUUAUAAAUUCUUGAAUUCCAGUUGUGUUAUUGAGGACAGAUCGAACUAUGUGGGUAGAAUCCUGAUUCUGUUCACAUUGGAAAUUGAAUUUUCCUGGUUUGAUUGAGACCAGGAUUUUCCCUUUGUGUUUCAUAACCUUUUCAAACCAGUAAUGGUGGUGAAGUAAGUUGAAAUUGCGUGCAGUUGCUAUGCAAAACCUAAAAAAGCUGUACCUGGAGCUGGGUAACUGUGCUGAUUUAGACUAGCAGGUGAUAUUAGUGAUUCGUGUUUGUUACUGCUCUGUCAAGGAUUAUUAUACUUUUCUAAAAUGUGUGUUAAACUUGUGUGUGGUGAUUAGUGUGCUGGAAGUGGGGAACCAUUUGUAUUCUGAGCUUCUUGGGAGGGGAAUACUGUGCCCUUUUCAGAUGCAUUUUUUGUUUAAAAACAGCGAAUUUGCAGCUGCUUCUGUUACUGCUGCUUCUUCCCUGCCCUCCAUCUUCCUUUAUUAAAGAACAACUUGGAAAUUGAAACUGUGGGUGUGAUCUGGCAGUUCUGUCACAGAAACGCUGCUAAUUGCUUGGUACAGACCUUGUCUAAGUUAAACCUGUCAAGUUAGGUCCAAUGUUACGUAGCGAGUGUGAAAUUAAGAAGGCCGAUUCCUCUUUCAGAAAAGCUAGAAUUCUGAUCUCUGUUCCUGUGCUGAAGAGUUUUAGAUUAUUUUUAAAGAGGGAAGGCCAAAGAAAACCUGACAAUUUCAUUAUUGUAAAGCAGUUUAUCAUCUCUUCUUCCGGCACCUUGAUGACUAAAGCAUACGCUCUUUGUAUACAAAGAUAAAUCUGUAAAAUGCAUAAAUGAGUUUAAUGAUCUUCAAUCACAGUGAUCUGCAGGGUAAAGAUUAUCCAGGAGGAGAGUUUUAUGUUGUUUCCGUGGUUUUUUUUUUAGUGAAAACUUGUCAAUAAAUUCUGAAUUUCUAAGUUAA